AUGAGCGCCCCGCCGGUCCUGCGGCCGCCCAGCCCGCUGCUGCCCGUGGCGGCGGCUGCGGCGGCAGCUGCCGCCGCGCUGGUCCCGGGGUCGGGGCCCGGGCCCACGCCGUUCCUGGCUCCCGUCCCGGCCCCGGCCGGGGGCAUCUCGUUCCAUCUGCAGAUCGGCCUGAGCCGCGAGCCCGUGCUGCUGCUGCAGGACUCGUCCGGGGACUACAGCCUGGCGCAUGUCCGCGAGAUGGCUUGCUCCAUCGUCGACCAGAAGUUCCCUGAAUGUGGUUUCUAUGGAAUGUAUGAUAAGAUUCUGCUUUUUCGCCAUGACCCUACCUCCGAAAACAUCCUUCAGCUGGUGAAAACGGCCAGUGAUAUCCAGGAAGGUGAUCUUAUUGAAGUGGUCUUGUCAGCGUCCGCCACCUUUGAAGACUUUCAGAUUCGUCCGCACGCUCUCUUUGUUCAUUCCUACAGAGCUCCAGCGUUCUGUGAUCACUGUGGAGAAAUGCUGUGGGGCCUGGUGCGUCAAGGCCUUAAAUGUGAAGGAUGUGGCCUGAAUUACCAUAAGAGAUGUGCAUUUAAAAUCCCGAACAAUUGCAGUGGCGUGAGGCGGAGAAGGCUCUCCAAUGUCUCCCUCACUGGACUCAGCACCGUCCGCACAUCAUCUGCUGAGCUCUCCACCAGUGCCCCUGACGAGCCCCUUCUGCAAAAGUCACCAUCAGAGUCAUUCAUUGGUCGAGAGAAGAGGUCGAAUUCUCAGUCAUACAUUGGACGACCGAUUCAGCUGGACAAGAUUUUGAUGUCUAAAGUUAAAGUACCGCACACGUUCGUCAUCCACUCCUACACGCGGCCCACCGUGUGCCAAUACUGCAAGAAGCUUCUCAAGGGGCUUUUCAGGCAGGGUUUGCAGUGCAAAGAUUGCAGAUUCAACUGUCAUAAACGUUGUGCACCAAAAGUACCAAACAACUGCCUCGGCGAAGUGACCAUUAAUGGAGAUUUGCUUAGCCCUGGAGCAGAGUCUGAUGUGGUCAUGGAAGAAGGGAGUGAUGACAAUGACAGUGAAAGAAACAGUGGGCUCAUGGAUGAUAUGGAAGAGGCAAUGGUCCAAGAUGCUGAGAUGGCGAUGGCAGAAUGCCAGAAUGACAGUGGGGAAAUGCAGGAUCCAGACCCGGACCACGAGGACUCCAAUCGGACCAUCAGUCCAUCAACAAGCAACAAUAUUCCACUCAUGAGGGUAGUGCAGUCUGUCAAACACACGAAGAGGAAAAGCAGCACAGUCAUGAAAGAAGGAUGGAUGGUCCACUACACCAGCAAGGACACUCUGCGGAAACGGCACUAUUGGAGAUUGGAUAGCAAGUGCAUUACCCUCUUCCAAAAUGACACAGGAAGCAGGUACUACAAGGAAAUUCCUUUAUCAGAAAUUUUAUCUUUGGAACCAGCAAAAACUUCAGCUUUAAUUCCUAAUGGGGCCAAUCCUCAUUGUUUCGAAAUCACUACAGCAAACGUAGUGUAUUAUGUGGGAGAAAAUGUGGUCAAUCCGUCCAGCCCACCACCAAAUAACAGUGUCCUCACCAGUGGCGUUGGUGCAGAUGUGGCCAGGAUGUGGGAGAUGGCCAUCCAGCAUGCGCUUAUGCCCGUCAUUCCCAAGGGCUCAUCCGUGGGUUCAGGAACCAGCUUACACAGAGAUAUUUCUGUGAGUAUUUCAGUAUCAAAUUGCCAGAUUCAAGAAAAUGUGAACCUUCAUCACCCUGGUGUUGUAAAUUUGGAGUGUAUGUUUGAGACGCCUGAAAGAGUGUUUGUUGUUAUGGAAAAACUCCAUGGAGACAUGCUGGAGAUGAUCUUGUCAAGUGAAAAGGGCAGGUUGCCAGAGCACAUAACGAAGUUUUUAAUUACUCAGAUACUUGUGGCUUUGCGGCAUCUUCAUUUUAAAAAUAUCGUUCACUGUGACCUCAAACCAGAAAACGUGUUGCUAGCAUCAGCUGAUCCUUUUCCUCAGGUGAAACUCUGUGAUUUUGGUUUUGCCCGGAUCAUUGGAGAGAAGUCUUUCCGGAGGUCGGUGGUGGGCACCCCCGCUUACCUGGCUCCUGAGGUUCUAAGGAACAAGGGCUAUAAUCGCUCUCUAGACAUGUGGUCUGUUGGGGUCAUCAUCUACGUAAGCCUAAGCGGCACGUUCCCAUUUAACGAAGAUGAAGACAUACACGACCAAAUCCAGAAUGCAGCUUUCAUGUAUCCACCCAAUCCCUGGAAGGAGAUCUCUCAUGAAGCCAUCGAUCUUAUCAAUAAUUUGCUGCAGGUAAAAAUGAGGAAGCGCUAUAGCGUUGAUAAGACCUUGAGUCACCCUUGGCUACAGGACUAUCAGACAUGGUUAGAUUUACGAGAGCUGGAAUGCAAAAUUGGGGAACGCUACAUCACCCAUGAAAGCGAUGACUUGAGGUGGGAGCAGUAUGCGGGCAAGCAGGGGCUGCAGUACCCCGCACACCUGAUCAAUCCAAGUGCUAGCCACAGUGACAGUCCUGAGACCGAAGAAACAGAGAUGAGAGCCCUCAGUGAGCGUGUCAGCAUCCUCUGAGUUCCGUCUCCGAUAAUCUGUCAAAACAUUGUGGAAUUAAUAAAUACAUACGGUCAGGUUUAACAUUUGCCUUG